AUGACAUUGGACAAACCGUCCAAAUGGAGUAGCUGGAAGAGCAAAUUUUAUGUUGUCUCUUCUCCAUCUCCUCAACUUAAUCGCUGGCUGCGUAGAUACAAUAAACACCCAGCUUUUCUUGGUAGGAAGUGUGCUCUGCCUACAGUGCCAAGCGAGGCAUGGGAUAAAAUCAUGCAGAAGGGCCUCUUCAAAAAGACAACCUCCCGCCUGGAUGAUGGGAGUGAGAUAAUAGUUCCUCAGUUCUGGGUGCCCCACCCGGACUGGUUCAAGGAUGAGGCAUUUCUCUCCGCCUGCAACCUUAGCACCAUGUUUCCUAAGAAAGUUGCGACGGAGAAGUUACCAAAAGAAAAGACACCGGCUACCUCAGCCGCUCUGCUCCGGAAGGAGCAAAUUGAAAAAAAGAAGUCGCAGCUGGCGGCUAAAGACGACGGGGCUGGGAACAAGGGUGUUCCUCGCUCUCUGUCUAAGAUGGUCAAAAGACCGGCGGGGGACAUUCCUCUGCCUGCUGCUAAGGUAUUGAAGAUGCCGGUUCCUCCGUCGGCUAAGACUAUUCCAAAACCGCCUGCAGGAGGCAGGCCCACCACUGGAGGCAAAAGCCUUAGUGGAAUUGUUCCCACCAUUGAAGUGGUGGAUGAGGGUGUGAAGGAGUCGGUGACUCUGGCUGGCCAGACUCAAACGGGUACUGGCUCAAACGCGGCUGGGGGUGAUUCUACCCCACAAUCCGACAAAGGUAUGACUUUAGCCUUUGAUCCCCCCUGGCCGCUUGGGCCUAUGCGAGUAAAGACCCAAGCUUGCCAAUCCGGGGAUUCUUCUGGCAGCCGUCAGAAUAUUGGCGAGGCGUAUGCUCAACACCUGAUAGAUAAAUCUCUAAUUGCAGAUGCUACCUCCAGCCGGCCCAACUAUCAACAGUAUGCCAAGAGGAUGAUCCGGACCCUUACCCGGACCGAGAAAGAGGCUGUGCCGGCUGUGCAUACAGUCAACAUUGACCGGAUCACUUCUCUCCUGGCUGAAUCCUCCAGGCUGAUAUCACAGGUGAUGCUGAGAGUUGAUGGGCUUCAGGUCCCCUUGCGCAAGAAGCAAGAGGAGGUAAGGGAUGCCCAGAGACGGGCAUCUGAGCUCAUUGAUGUUUCCCAAUACAAUGCCAUUAGAUAUGACCUGGAAACUAAACGGCGAGAGUUGGAACAGGAGGAAUUGCUGAAGCAAACUAUUGCGGCUGCUGAGGCAAAAAAAGCGAGGGCGGAUGGGCUAGCUCUAAAGGUCAACGAUCUUCAAGCCGAUCUCAAGGCUUUAGAAGGAGCUGACAAGGAAAACGCCGACCUUCGCGCUGACAUCAACCGGCUUAAAAAUGAACUUGCUUCUAGUCAGGCGGCUCAUAAAGAAAAGCUUAAAAAAGAACAAAGCCGCCUGAUUGCUGAGAACGAGACCGAUAAUGUGGAGCGCGUGAAGCUCGCCUGGGGGCUCAUACACCCAGAUUAUGACUACGAGUUCUUCGACCUUAGGUACAAGUAUGCCUCAGAGGUAUAUGAUGCCGAGGUCCUUGGACUGGACCCGCCUGCUCCCUUCGAGGAAUGGGCAGGUUUGGUCAAAGAAGAGCAACAAGAGGGUGAGCAGGCGACGCAGACUCAACAGCAGGCUCAGGAGCAGGUGCAGGAGCAGCAACAGCCGGAGCAGCAGCCAGAGCAACAACAGCAGCAGGAGCAUCAAUGA